UGAGUUGAUUCACACAAAUCCCGGUCUGCCGUCGCGACCAAUCGCGCUGAGCCGGUGACGCUUCGGAGGGCCGUCCGUCCGUGAGCCUGCAUUCAUAAACGGAUGUGAUAAGUGUUGAAUGUACUGUACAGAGACGAAACUUGGACCAUGGCGGAAGAAGACGACACGAAAAUCCGGAUUUUACAGAGCCUCCGAGGGAAAAUAUGCGAAGCAAAAAAUCUGGGUCCGAGCUCAGGGCCGAACCGUCUCCGUGACCUCUGCACCUUCUGUACAAUCAGUUUGGACCAGGAGGAAGUAUAUCGCACAAAAGUCUAUGAGAAGAGUGUAAGUCCGUUCUAUGGCGAGGACUUUUACUUCGAAAUUCCACGGCCAUUUCAAUGCCUGUCUUUCUACGUCUACGCCAAGGGCAUGUUCCAAAUAAGGGAUCUACCUAUAGGGAAAGUAGCCAUCAGGAAGGAAGAUCUCUGUAACUACUGCGGGAAAGAGAACUGGUUUCAGUUACAGCCUGUGGAUCCACACUCAGAAGUUCAGGGGAAGGUUCAUUUAGAGAUGAAGCUGAAUGAACUGAUCACAGAGAAUGGCUCCAUCUGCCAACAGCUUGUUGUUCAGAUAAUUGCAUGUCAGGGUUUGCCGUUGAUAAGUGGGCAGAACUGCGAUCCGUACGCCACAGUAACACUUGUAGGGCCCGCCAGGUCAGACCAAAAAAAAACUAAAGUGAAGAAGAAAACCAGUGACCCUCAGUUUGAGGAGACCUUUCAUUUCGAGGUCACAAGGUCGAGCAGUUACAAAGGGAAGUCACAUUUUCACGUAGAGGAGGAGGACAUAGAGAAACUAGAGAUCAAGGUGGAGCUGUGGAAUAAUGGUAACUUGGCACAGGAUGUGUUCCUCGGGGAGACACGGGUAUCUGUGAAAAUCCUGAGAAAUGACCAUAUUCACAGAGCAUGGUACUUACUGCAGCCAAAAGGAAACGGUACAAAGUCUAAGCCAGAUGAUCUGGGUUCUUUACGUCUGAAGGUAACAUACACGGAGGACAACGUCCUGCCCUCUGCCUACUACACGGCCCUCCGCAACCUAAUGCUCAAAUCCCCCGAUGUCAAGCCGAUCUCAGCGUCAGCGGCUCAUGUCCUGGGGGAUAUCUGCAGAGAGAGUGUGGGGUAUGAAGCACUGCUUCCUGUGGUCAGACUGCUGCUCCAUCACAACAGACUGCUGCCCUUUCUCACCUCUGUUGCUGCUCUGGAGCUGGAGAAUACACAAGAGGCCAACACCAUAUUCAGAGGGAACUCUCUGGCAACCCGCUGCAUAGAUGACAUGAUGAAGAUUGUGGGCAGAAGUUACUUGACCGUCACUCUCAAACCUGUUUUAAAUGAAAUCUUUGAAUCAAAUAAAACCUGUGAGAUCGAUCCUGUCAAACUAAAAGAGGGCGAUAAUGUGGAAGUCAACAAGGAGAAUCUUCAGGGUUAUGUGCAGAAGGUUUUUACGUCUAUAACACAGUCCAGCUCCAGUUGUUCUCCCCUCAUGUGUGACGUCUUCAGGUCACUCAGACAGCUCGCAUCUAAACGCUUUCCAGCGGAUCCUCAUGUGCAGUACUCAGCGGUCAGUAGUUUCAUAUUUCUGAGGUUCUUUGCGGUGGCUGUUCUCUCUCCACACACCUUCCAGCUGCGAUCCCAUCAUCCUGAGCCUGAAAUUUCCCGCACACUUACUCUUAUCUCUAAAACCAUCCAGUCUCUGGGCAGCUGGGGCAGCCUUUCCAAGAACAAACUGGCUAGCUUUAAAGAAACCUAUAUGUACGAUUUCUUCAAGCUAUUCCAAGAAGAUGAAUGUAUAGAAAAAGUUAAAAAGUUCUUAGAUGAGAUCUCCUCUAAUGUAAGUAAGGAGUCCAGUGGAGUGGAGGACUCUUUUGUGCUGAAGGAGGGAGAGGUACAUAAGCGGGCCCAAGGCAGAAAGCGAAUAGGAAAGAAGAACUUUAAGAAACGCUGGUUACGAGUGACCAAUCAAGAGCUGUCCUAUCACAAGCAGAAAGGGAAAGAAGCACUGUGUGUCAUUCCUGUGAAAAACAUCCUCAGUGUCGAGAAACUGGAAGAAAGUGCCUUUAACCGCAAAAACAUGUUUCAGGUGAUCCAUUCAGAGAAGCCUCUGUACGUGCAGGCGGGGAACUGCGUGGAGACCAACAGCUGGAUCGAGGUCCUGAGUCAGGUCAGCCGCUGUAACCCGGGACGGCUCAGCACGUUUCACCCGUCCGCUUACGUGGGUGGAUUCUGGUUAUGCUGUAAGGAAACCAACGAGAGCGCCCCUGGCUGCAAACCCUGCACUACGACACUGUUGGCUAAUAUUCAACUGGACAUCGACUGUGACAGAGAAACAGAACGAAUCUUCUCCUUCUUCUCCUCCAACCGCUCCAGACUACAGAAGAUGGAGGAUGCCUGUGCUGGUAUGUCAGUAUAUCUUGGGCAGCAGGAGGAGUGUUCAGCCUUCACUAUACAGGACCCUAAAGAGACCUUCCGUACUAUUAAAGAGCUCGGAGAAGUACUGGACGAUCUGCAGGCUCUUCAUGACUUAAAGGGAGCGCUAACUGAUGAACCAGGCACUAUUGAAAAUCCUAUAGUUGGAAAGACUGUGUAACAUUGUGACUGCAAGACCGGGUGGUACUUACACAGCCACACAAGCAGAGGGCGCUGUGUUUGUCGACAUAGAGGAGCAUGACGGCACUCUGAGAAGAGGUUUACCUCUCCAGCAAUGGCCUGUCUGGAGUAGCAAUGUACUUGGAAGAAUUUGGCCAGUCAAGAGUCGAGUGGUGUGUUCGUGAGUUGCUAUCAUUGGAAAAAAAAGUGGUCUUUUCUCUGUGUUCGGUCUCUGUUUUAUAUCAGAUUUUAAGAUCAUUUAGUAACCUCAAUCGCCAGUCCGCACAGUAAGAAAAGAUUCCAGUCACCUCUUAUCCAUUCCUAAACAGGCUGUGAAAGUCCAGACACCAAGAGUUUGUCUGAGAAAUUAUAGCUGCUAAAAUAGUCUUUGAAAGAACUCAACCUUCACUUUUUUCUUUACAAAGCAUCAGUUUUUCAGGCUACUGGUCGUCUGAUGUUUUAAUAAGUAAAAUAACCAUGUCAAAGGGAAUCUUCCAUCGUUCUUUAUAUUUGUAGUAUCAUCCCUCUCAGCCAUCCCUUUGAGUGUGUGCAUGGUUUUUAUUUCUGUAGUGGAUAGAAUUAAUCUGCCUCAUAAAUUCUGUGGAGGUACUUCCAGUGCCACACUUGUGUAUGAAUUAGGGACUAAUGCAGAAGCACUUUAGAUAUUUGGAAUAUUCCAGAUGAGAUUGUUUUAGAUACAUCGUAUCAACCUUUUUUUCCUGAUAUUGAUCAGUUACAUGAUCAACUCCUGUGUAAUGUUCUGUAGAUAAUGUUCAUAUCCUGUAGAUUUUUACUAGCUAUUUUUCUUACGCCAAAGAUGUUGUUUUGUAGGUUUUCUUGACAUGAAAAUGGUAUACAUGUAGUUUUUUUUUUUUUUUUUAAUACAGAACUUUUAAAAAAGGAGAAUGGCUAUCAAUAUUUCAUGGACGUACAUUUUGGGAGCAUUAAACAUUUUGCUAAACGUGAAGAAGAUUUCACUUCGUCAAUCUUUGUAAUUUUAUCCCAUACAAACAGUAACAAAUGGUUGGAUAUUUUAUAGUAAUGGAGCUAUAAACAGAUUGUUUGCUAUGAAUUUAGCUUGAGAAGUAACAAUCACCUGCAUCAUGUUUGUUGUGUCGCAGUUGUGUUGUGUUGGAAUUGUCAUUUUCUGAAAAUCACCAACUGUUUUUUACAGGUCUACACGCUUAGUUUUUUUUUUUUUUAAUGACCCCAUUCUCAACUGUACUGAAGGGGUUUUCUGUGUCUUUGCUUACUAACACAUUGGAGACUGUUAUGUUCUACUUGGAAUGCUUGUGUUUUGCAUAUAUUUUUAGUCUAGAUCAGCGGUUCUCAUCUGGAAGGUUAAAAAUGUUCCGCACUAACCAUAUAAGAAUGAAUAAGUUCAGGUAGAAAAGAGGCUUAAUUCUAAACUUAAAAAAUAUCACCCUUUGUAAUGAUAUAACAAAUACAUAGGAUUGAAUAUUUUAAAUAUAUAUAUUUUAUUUUAUUUAUUAUUAUUUUUUUUUUAAACUUGGGACUAUUCACAAUAUCAUCACUUUUGUGAGUUCUACAGAGCUGUUCAUUCCGUCUAUGUGUCAUUGAGAAAAUGCUUUCCAUAUAUUUUGUUGGUAACGUCUAUCAUUUGACAGAAGCUCACCACAUCAGGUAGAUACCAGUGUAGAUGGGUUGAGAAAAAAACUCCUAGUAACGUCGAAUACGUGUUGCGGUGAGGACAUGGUUUGUCGAAACCAGUGUUUUUGAGAAUUAUUGGCUGCUGAGAGCAUGAAGCCAAUGCAGUUUUGUACAAUACACAAUUUUGGGACCAUGUUGGGUCACCAGCUGUUGUCCAGUAUAAACUCUGGGUCAUGAAGUAAAACCACUUGAGAACCGCUGAUCUAGAUAAACUUAAAAAAUAUAACCCGUUAAUAUGUGACAUCAAAUUAAAGUGUACUUAGCAUGACCAUUUUACAUUCUUUUAAAAAGACACCUUAGCACUAUGAGAGAAGAAUAUGUGAAAAAUAAAUGGGGAAUGCAGGAACCAGCAAGUGUUGCUUUCUUUGAAUUUGGCAUAUCAGAGAAAGCAAAUCCAUUUCUGUCAUACCUCAAACUCCAUUGUAAGGUUCUUCGAUGUCAGAACAUUCCAUUUCGAAACAAACACAAGUAAGACUACAGGACGUCAGUCUACAUUUGUGAAUUUUAAGUGAUGUGCCUCUCAACCAGAUAUAUAUUUUUGUAAUCAGGAAAUUUUGAAAGCUGAAAGAUUGUAUUGAGCAUUGAUGAAGAGGCCUGAAACACAAUUUGCCAUUUCAGCACAAACAAUUAUGCAACAUUCACCUUCCAGUUAUUGCGUCAGAAUAUAUAUAUAUAUAUUUGAAUUAGGUCUGUCAGAUGUGUGUAAUUAAUGUGUAUUUAUCUUUUCUCAUGUGUGAUGUGUAGAUGUUUGUAGCACACUGUGAACUGAGUGUUGGCAUGAUAUGUUGAUGCAUUGAAUGAAUGGUACAUAGAUGUUUCAUCUGGUACUCUGCGGCUCCAGUGAGCUGCAGUAGAAAUGUGGUACUGAGCAUCCUCCUUUCAUAACUGUGGUAGAGCAAAGAGCCUUGUGGCCUCGCUUAGCAUUGUGGUGAUACCGCAGACCACCUCCAUUCAUUGGACUUGUCGGAUCAAAUUAAGUGGUUUCUGUGUAAUCGUUUAAUACCCCCAACCCACCCAUCGUUGAACUGGGGCAUAUUCUCAUCUAGUGUAAACAUACAGGAACCGUUAUAACCAGCAUCCAGUGGCCUUUUAGAAUGCCCCUAUCCCCACCAGAACUAAAUAUUCUUCUUUAACAUUCCCAAUUUAGCACUUAUCUUUGAGUCCAUGGAACAAUGCAGACAAUCACCAUAUCAUAAGAAUGUUUCAAAAACCAUUAUGUGCUCCUGAUGUUUGUGUUUGAAUUCCGCCCCAUUGCCAUAACUGGGUCUGCAAGCCACCUUUAGAAAACCUUGUAGUUUAAAUAAUGCAUUUCUUAAUCGAUUAUAUUUUUAGAUCAACAAUGUAGGUCUGUAAAAUGCUAUAAAUAUUUGCACAAAUUUGAUGACUUUUUUAUUUUUGCUGAUUCCCAUUCAUCUUCCAAUGUAUUACUAAUUGUACUGGACAUGUUUGCUUCAUUUUGUUAUUUAAAUGUUUUUAUACCAUUAUUUUCACAGUACAAGCUCACAUAAUUCCUCUGUUAUUAGUUCUGUGGUAUUAAUUUACAAUAAAUAUAUUGUUUGUGUGAAUCUG